GACCAAAUAAGUGAGCUGAGAUCCGGCUGCAGCCUCUUCUUGAAGCCAAGAUGACGAGCUGCCUUUGGAGAGUCUUGGUCAUCCUUGGCUUUUCUGCAGCCGCUGUUGCUCUGGCCCCUCAGCGAGUGGCGCUGAGCUACGAGGAAGCCGUUUCCUUAACCGCUGAGCUCUACAGCCAAAAGGCAGAGGUGGAUUUUGCCUUCCGGCUCCUGGAAGCUAAGCCACAGCCGGACUGGGACCCCCGGAGCGAAGAGCCUCAGGAUCUGGAAUUCACCGUCAAAGAGACGACGUGCUCAGCUGCCCAGCUGCUGACUGCGGCCGACUGCGACUUCAAGGAAGACGGGGUGGUGAAGGAGUGUUCCGGGACAUUCUCCAACCAGCAGCAGGCUCCUGUCGAUCUCAGUUGUGACCCCGUGGGUCAGAAGAAGCGGAUUCGUGCCAGGAGGGGUGCGGUUCGUGAUUUCAUAAAGAAAGCCAAGAAGAAGUUCAGGCCUGGAAGUUUCACUGUGAUUGGCCACGUGGGAGGUUGGCGGUAUCGUGGAUGAGUUGGGUGAGAAGAUGGGGACAUUGCCGCCCAAGGGAGAAGACGCCAUCGUUGCUGCUGGUGUUUUAACAGAGCCUGACAAAGACUUUCCCACUUUAGGACCGACGCAAGGCAGGAUCCGGCCGCUUGCCUGCAAAGCAGUUUCUUCUUCUAAAUGCUGGACAGGCCUUUCAGAUCCUGCCUUCAAUUUCCCACCUGCUUGUAAUAUGUUCAGAAUAAAUUAUUGCACUGUUUGAA